AGAGCGAGCAUCCUUUGAAAUAUAACAACCUGUGCGGCUGAUCGCGAGCAUUUCCACUGAAUCAGGCGGCUUUGGAAGUGUCGUUUAAUCUGCCACGUCGCUUAACAGCUACAGACCGCGGCUUGUCAUGACUAUACUGUCAGGUGUGUGUGUUCUGCUGGUCCUGACCUUCGGGCAGACGGUGUGGGGACUGGAGGAGGGCUACCGCAGCUACAAACUGGUGAAGGUGGAUGCACCAUCGCAAGAACAGCUUAACAAUAUAGUGACAGGUCGAGACUGGGUGGAUGUGUUCGGCAGCGAGGGGACGAGUCUGACCGCGAUGGUGCCGCCCCAGCUGCUGGGAGAACUCAUCCAGGUUGUCAAGAGUCAAGGAGGGAAACUCACUGUCAUACACGAAGAUAUGGAAAAAGUAGCCGAGGAGGAGUACCGAGAGAGGAUGAGGCACAGACAGAGGCGAGCCACCACUUCAAAAGAAGAUGACCUUCUCGACUUCCUUGAUCUGAGCAGGCAAUAUGCCUUCCAAAACAAAAUAUUAACUGGGUCAAGCAGAGCUCAUUUGGUCAAGGAACGGAUCGGGCGGUCAUCAGAAAACAGAGACAUCAACUUGAUCAGGAUUUCGGCGGAUGCAUCUCAGCAAAAGAAGAGAACUAUUUUCAUUGACGCUGGUAUUCAUGCGCGGGAGUGGAUAGCACCGGCCACAGCGAACUACAUCCUGUACCAGUUGGCGUACAACGACUCGUCAGCAAGUUUACUCAGGGACUUUAACUGGGAGAUUGUUCCUGUCCUCAACCCAGACGGAUAUGGGUAUUCACACACGUCCACCCAGACCAGGUACUGGAGGAAAAACCGUCAAGCAAACGCAGGCAGCCAAUGUAUAGGCACUGACCUCAACAGGAACUUCGGCUACCCUGAACAUAUGCCAGGCGCCGGUGGCAGCUUCAACCCCUGCAGCGACAUCUACUCUGGUCCUACCAAGUUCAGUGCCCCCGAGUCAACAGUUCUGAAGGACUACCUUGACACGCACAACGACACCAUCGUGGCCUACCUCAGCCUCCACUCCUUCGGCCGCUACAUCCUCUACCCCUGGGGUUACAGUCGCGACGUGACGCCACCUGAUGCGACCGAGCUGGAGCGAGUGGCUCAGGCCGCAAACAGCGCCAUGAGUCCUGACUACACCACAGGAAGCUCCGCAAAAGCACUCUACGUGGCGGCCGGGGGUUCAGACGACUACGCUAAGGGCGGCUCUAAGAUCGACUUCAGCUACACCAUAGAGCUGCCUCCAGGGAUGGGCAGCAGAUACAACUUCGCCCCACCCAAAUCUACCAUCACCAACUUUGCCAGCGAGGCGUGGGACGGGAUCAAGGCAAUGGCCAAGGAACUGGCCAAAGUAACCACGAUCGCGGCGACGCCAACAACGAGGAAGACCACAACGACAACUACGACGACAACACAGAAGCCUAUCCCUGACCAAUCUCCAUAUCACUGGCUAUAUCAGUGGCUGAAAGACCAGGGUGUUAUUUUGGGGAAAUAAAAAGUCUGUUGCUAGGUAGAUGUGCCA